UGUGCAUUCUAAUAAAUAUGCCUCGCGCAGCAAAUAAAGGCCUCAUAUCCGACGGUCUGUGAAGGCACCACGACGGCUCCGUGCAUGGGAGACUCCUCCUUGCCUUGAGGUUUCGGACGUAUAUUAAUUGAAAUACCUGCGGGAGAGGACGGUUCCUGCCCCGGAGGCUCGUCACAGCCUGGACGCUGAGUUAGUUUCUGAGUUAGUGAGGUUUUCGUCCUGCGCCCAUAAUGAAUCCGCCCUGUGGAAGAUGCAAAAAGCCAGUUUACCCCACAGAAAAGAUAAAUUGCCUCGAUAAGUACUGGCACAAAGGCUGCUUCAGCUGCGAGGUCUGCAAGAUGGCCCUGAGCAUGACCAACUACAAGGGCUUUGACAAGAAACCUUACUGCAGUAUGCACUACCCCAAAACCUCCUUCACUACAGUUGCUGACACCCCCGAGAAUCUGCGUCUCAAGCAACAGAGCCUCCUGAACAGCCAGGCCCUUUACAAGGAGGACUUUGAGAAGAGCAAGGGUAAAGGUUUCAGCGUGGUGGUCGACACUCCGGAGAUGCAGAGGCUGAAGAAAACGCAGGACCAGAUCAGUAACAUCAAGUACCAUGAAGAGUUUGAGAAAAGCAAAGUCCGAAGUGACGCCCCUCCUCCUGAAAACAGACAAGACUAUGAGGAGAACCCUGAACGCGUCAUCCACCCAGCUGUACAACCCCGGCCCGCUGCUGUGGCGCCAUCUAGUGGCGGGAAACGUUACCAGGCCAUGUACAGCUACACGGCUGCAGAAGCCGACGAGGUUUCCCUCCAGGAGGGCGACCUGGUUCUGGACGUGGAGCCCAUCGAUGAGGGAUGGGUGUUCGGGUGCAACCAGCGCACGGGCCAGCGGGGCAUGCUGCCUGCAAACUACGUCCGGCCUGUGUGAAGCAGCUUCAGGCGGUCACAGACUCCCAACGCACCAAAACGCUACUAAAAACUCCUCCAUCUGGC